CUUUGGCUUGGCACGUUUGACGCGUCAGCCCAAGAAACCACUAGUAUGCAUCUCACCUCUUCCCAACCGCCUGUCUCCUUGUGCAAGCAAAUCUAAAGGCGCUAUGAUGUCGCAAAUCCGCCAAUUACCAAGGUAGCAGCAGACUUGCAACAGGGGGGAAGCCGCGCAAGUGUCAUAUUUUCGCUUAGCUAACACGCGUGUUCGGCAUCUUCCGACAGGGGCCUGUGAAGGAAACAACAUUCUCCCUAUAAGUAACGCCUUACGUUCUGACGAUGGCAUUGAACGAAGAGACCAUGAUUCCCACCGCUUUUGCCUUUCGCCCUUCGCUCGUCGCUUUUUGCCCGAGAAUCUCGACUCCGGUGCAAGAUGGAAGACGGCCAGCCUGUCCCGGGAAGCCUUUUCGUCUACGCUCCUAACAAGGUAGCGCCCGUCUUCUUCGCUGUCGCGUUUGCUGUCUCGGCGGUCGGCCAUAUCUGGCAGUGUUACCACUACAAAUGCUUCAAGAUAAUCGGACUGCACCCAUUCUGUGCAGUACUAUUUACUGCCGGCUAUGCAUUGCGGGAGUACGGAGCCUUCAAUUACUUGUACAGUACUCGGAACUUGAUCAUCUACAUUCUCAGCCAGGUCUUUGUAUUUAUAUGCCCUCCUCUUCUCGAACUCGCCAACUACCACGUCCUCGGUCGAAUAUACUACUACGUUCCAUACUUCGCACCUCUUCCUCCCGGCAGAGUCCUGUCCACUUUCGGUGCUCUGAUGGCCCUUGUCGAGACCCUGAACGCUUUAGGAGUAGCCUUGUCCGCCAACCCGUCAUCAUCGCACAGUCAGCAAGAACUGGGCAGCCGCUUGACGAUAGCCGCCCUCGCGAUCCAACUCGGCGUCAUCGUCAUCUUCGUGCUCCUCGCGGCCAUUUUCCACCGCCGGUGCUCCAAAGCCAAUAUACACGCCAAGGCGGUCUCGACUCCGCUGAUCACGUUGUACAUCAGCAUGUCAUUGAUCUUGGUACGCUGCAUUUAUCGGCUGGUGGAACACCUGGGCAACACGACGGUGCAACUCGAUGACCUCGAAUCACUCAAGGCCCUGAGCCCGAUUCUGCGGUACGAGUGGUUCUUCUAUGUCUUCGAGGCAACCCUGAUGCUCAUCAACUCUGUUUUGUGGAAUGUGUGGAAUCCGGGCCGCUACCUGCCCCGGAACUACCACGUAUAUUUGGCGGAGGAUGGCAGGACCGAGCUUGAGGGUGACGACACGCCGGAUAACCGGCCGUUGCUGGCCAAGGCCGCAUCAGUCCUGACGUUUGGCAUCCUUUUCCGCCAGAAGAAAGGGAAUCGGCCGUUUGAGGAGCUUAAUGAUUACCCGGUUGCCAAUCCUCAGGGUUAAUCCGGGCUGCCUCAGUCUGUGGAAUUGGGGAGAAUUGGAAGGAUGAUGGGAGGACCAGGAAAGGAAUGGACGAGCCCUGGCCUGUUCAACAAAUAGACAUUGCACAAUAUCUUUGUAAUCGUACCUAGAAACCAUUUACUUGAUUUAUUUAAUUUGCGUUGGACGGGGUCCAAGCAAUACUUAAUCUGGCGAUACCCGCUGCCAG